AUGAGAGCAUCCAAAACCGGUAACUGGCUGUUCAUGAAUUUUAAUAUUUUGGUAUCGCAUCAUUUGAGGGCCCAUAAUCUCAUGUUACCCACCGUGCGCCACCUAUCGAUGCGAUCAUAUUCUCGCAGUUUGUUGAAAAGAAGCCUUCAGCGUAUACCUAGACAUAACCAGGCUGAAGAUGAGAACCGCCUUGAACGCAUUAAAGAAGUACUCGGUUUGGAUCGAUAUGCCACAAUCAUAAUAAAUGAUGAUGAGUUUGUAAAAUGUCUGUAUCCACUCCGGAAUUACAAUAUCAAUCUACCUGACGGCCCUUCCUAUGAGAUUGCAAAGCUGGAGAAAUUAGGACAUACUGUUUUAAGGCUUGCUCUGAGCAAGGCAUUAUUAAAUGUGUUCAAGAAGAGUGAUCAUGAUAUUGGGAAUUUAGAUUUCAGCUAUGGAAAUAAAAUGAAACACCUCAGUCUAGCUAAAAGAUCGCCAAAGGCCCUCAUAAAAGGAUUUGUGAGUCGAAAAUUUGAUCGGUUAGCAAGAAUACCGGCACCUGAAAGCGCAGUCCCAGUGAGAAUACGAAGAAUCUUCGAUUAUAAAUCAUUUAAUGCUAUCAUAGGCUAUAUCGCGAUAGCAAAUGAAAGGCAAACUGUCUUCAAAAUUGUUGAAACCUCGGUGUCCCAUCCAAUAUUGCGGAGAAUUUUUGACUACUAG